UGCCCGCGGGUCCUGGCGGGGCUCCCCGCGGCCGCGUCUCCGGUAGCCCCGGGCGGAGGAAAGGCCGCCGCCUUCCUCCCAUGCGUCGGAGGCCGUGCGGGCUGUCAGCUCUCCCCACCUGAGAGGGGAGCGACUCGUGGUGGGGCGAGCGGGACGGGACGCGUGCGCUGCGAGGGACGCGGAGCGGGGCGCUGAGGCACAAGGCCCGCGCGGCGGCAGCGCUGUGAGGAGGGAGCCCCGCGCCAGGGGCUGCAUCCAGAGGGUGUGUAAGGAGCUGCUCCGUUGUGCCUCGGUGUCCCACCAGAAGCUGAUUUGAGUGUGAUUGGCAUUGUGCUGUACCACAGUGAAGCAGUAUUUGUCACUUCAAGACACCUUGCAUUAAAGGAUCAUGGUAGACAGUUUAAUAGUUUCUUUGAGACUUCUCAGUUCCCUAGCAGUGCUGGGAUUUCAGUUUGUCAUCCCACAGCCUUCAAUUGAACACAGAAAGGUUCCCCAGAGGAUAGAAGAGCAAGGAGAUGCAUCUGAGGAUAGCAGUGCAGGAAUCCCAGGCAUGUGGGGAAGUUGGGGCCCCUGGUCUGCCUGCUCUCGGAGCUGCAAUGGCGGAGUGAUGGAGCAGACACGGCCCUGCCUCCCAGCCUAUUACCACGAAAGGAGCUACCGACGGCCUGGGCGCCAGUUCCCGGCCUCGGAGAGGACUCUUGCUCACCAGAAUUCCCGCCACCGAGAGGACUCGCUGACUGCUUAUCCUGGCCACAUCAUUUCUGCCAUCCGUACAUCUGUGCCACUUCACAGAAAUGAAGAGCAGCUUUGGGCUGGCCUUCGAGCCUCUGCUUCUUCUGGAGGCCAAAAUAACAGCCACCUGAGCAGAGGAGCAUUGAGAGGCAGCAGGCAUUCUCAGUCCCAGAGGCAGAAUGCCAAGCCAGAAAAGAGAAGCAGAAACAGAAAUCCUAUUGGUCCAGGAAAGUAUGGAUAUGGAAAAGUGCCAUACAUUUUACCUUUACAAACUGAUACUGGUCAGCAGCCUCAGAAGCUUCGGAGGCAGCGGCAGUCGUCAAGGAACCAUGUAUUUCAUCAGAGUCCAAGUCUCAUGAGCACUUACAGCCAGGCAGCUAGUCCUUCACUUCAACAUGGGAAUCUUUAUCAAGAAGAGAGUGAGCCUCAGGCUGGACAUCAGGUCCUGGGACCCUCACUUUAUCAGUCAUCUUCAUUUCCUGUGUCUCAAAGCCUGUUUCACAGCAGCAACUCAAACCAUCAUGGACCUGCAUCACACCAGUCCAUCCAGGGGCAGCCCCAGCCUCCAAGAGCUGCAGCAAUUGUGUGCAUUGGUGCCUACAAGCAAUAUAAACUCUGCAACACAAAUAUUUGUCCUGAAAGCAGCAGAAAUAUUAGAGAGGUGCAAUGUGCAUCAUACAAUAACAAGCCAUUUAUGGGUCGAUUUUAUGAAUGGGAACCCUUUGCAGAAGUGAAGGGGAGUCAGAAGUGUGAGCUGAAUUGCCGUGCGAUAGGCUACAGGUUCUAUGUGAGACAAGCUGAGAAGGUGAUUGAUGGGACACCCUGUGACCAAAACGGAACAUCCAUCUGCGUGGCAGGGCAGUGCAAGAGCAUUGGCUGUGAUGACUAUCUGGGUUCAGACAAAGUGAUUGACAAGUGUGGAAUAUGUGGAGGGGACAACACUGCUUGCAAGGUUGUGUCUGGAGUUUUCAAACACACGCUAACAAAUCUUGGCUACCACAAGAUAGUGGAAAUUCCUGAAGGAGCUACUAAAAUCAACAUUACUGAGAUGUCAAAGAGCAACAACUAUUUGGCUCUGCGGAGUCGAUCGGGACGCUCCAUCAUCAAUGGAAACUGGGCAAUUGAUCGACCUGGGAGAUAUGAAGGUGGUGGGACAAUGUUCACUUACAAACGCCCAAAUGAAAUCUCCAGCACUGCAGGAGAGUCAUUUUUAGCUGAUGGCCCAACAAAUGAAGUCCUUGAUGUCUAUAUGAUACAUCAGCAGCCUAACCCAGGUAUACAUUAUGAGUAUAUCAUUCCAGGAGACAAUGUCAUUAGUCCUCAGUUGCUUGCUCAAAGGAGGCCAGGGGAGCCCUUGAAUGGUCAGUUAGGAAUUCCGGAAAGUACAAAUCAUGAGGAUGAGGAUUUGUAUAGGGAGACAGAUACUUUCACUGGACAGUCAAUGGGAACUUUUCCAGUUAUUCAGCCAGGAAGAUUUCCUUCUCAUCAGCCAGAAAACCAGGUGCCUGCUGUGCAACCACCAAGGCAAAACCGAGAACACAACUGGAAACAGAUUGGAAAAACUGAGUGCACAACUACAUGUGGGAAAGGGUCACAGUACCCAGUUUUCCACUGUGUCAACAGAAUCACUCAUGAGGAGGUACCUGAGAGUUACUGUGACAGCAGCACCAAACCCAUUCCAGAAGAGGAAGCCUGCAACCUCUUCCCUUGUCCAGCUUUCUGGGAUAUAGGGGAGUGGUCUGAGUGCAGCAAAACCUGUGGCCUUGGCAUGCAGCACCGGCAGAUCCUGUGCCGGCAAAUGUACGCCAAUCGGACCUUGACAGUCCAGCAGUACCGCUGCCACCACCUGGAGAAACCAGAGACAACCAGCACUUGCCAGCUGAAGAUCUGCAGUGAAUGGCAGAUUAGGACAGAGUGGACUUCAUGUUCAGUGCCUUGUGGAGUGGGGCAGAGGACCCGAGAUGUGAAAUGUGUCAGCAACCUUGGAGACAUUGUUGAUGAUGAGGAAUGUAACAUGAAGCUGCGGCCAAAUGAUAUUGAGAACUGCGACAUGGGUCCCUGUGCUAAGAGCUGGUUCCUUACAGAGUGGAGUGACAGGUGUUCUGCAGAGUGUGGGGACGGGGUCCGCACACGCUCGGUGGUUUGUAUGACAAACCAUGUCAGCAGUUUGCCCCUGGAAGGCUGUGGCAACAACAGACCCUCUGAGACAAGUCCCUGCAAUAACGGACCCUGUGCUGGUAAAGAGGAGUGGUUUGCUGGGGGCUGGACACAGUGCUCUACUGAAUGUGGCAGUGGAACUCAACAGAGAGAAGUAAUUUGUGUUAGGAAAACUGAAGGUAAUUUUGAUGUUUUGAGCCCGUAUGAAUGUUCAUAUUUGGAAAAACCUCCCAGCCAGCAAUCCUGCUACCUCAAACCCUGUGGUUCCAAAUGGUUUCAUACAGAAUGGAGCACAUGUUCCAAAUCCUGUGAAGGAGGAUUUCGAGUUCGAGAGGUACGAUGUCUAUCAGAUGAUAUGACAGCCAGUGAUCAGUGUGAUCCACAGCUUAAACCUGAAGAAAAAGAACCAUGUAACACACAAGACUGUGUCCCUGAAAUAGAUGAGAACUGCAAAGAUAAAUACUACAACUGCAAUGUGGUGGUUCAGGCCCGGCUCUGUGUCUACACCUAUUACAAAACAGCCUGUUGUGCAUCCUGUACACGUGUGGCAAACAGACAAUCGGGGUUUCUAGGGCGUAGAUAACAAAGACCCUUCUACUCAAAGCGGCAAUGUCAGUCUUCGGAUGGAGCUUGAACAGUGUUACUGUUUUGACUACAGCAGGUUUUAGCUUCUUAGAGGUGGUUUUUUAUAUUGCUGACUACAUCAAGACUAUGGUUAAAUCUCACACCCUUUCAGUUACAGUUAUUGUGCAGUUAUAUUUUUUUAAAUGUUUGUUGUAAAACCGUGAUCUUUUUAAAGCAUUAGUUUUAAUUAUACUAUCCUUUGCACCUGCUCAUCAGGUAAUUAUUUAAAGAGCAUACCAGCCUUAGUAUUGUGAAAGUAAAGAAAACUAAAUCAAUCACAAGCAAUUACUGGAGAUAUUUGAUCAGUAUGGAUGCAGCUGCAGCAUUAUUUUCUGAGUGCUUACUCUUACUUGGUAUUUUGGACUGCCUUAAAUGAUACUAAAUCAAUGAAUCAUGUACAUGAGAAAAUAUACUUCACAAAGAACCACAUCUUUGAGAAGCCAUGUAUCUUCAGUUUCUUAGCACUCUAACUUAUAUUUUAAUUACUUCAGUCCAUUCAUAAUAAAUUAAGAAUCAUUCUUAAGCUCCCUCAGUUGUACUUUUAGCUAACUUCUGUCCUCAGGCAGCAAAUAUAUAUAUUCUUGACUGCCAAAAAGUGCCUUUAUAUUUUAUUCAUAAACUCUUGAAGUUACACUUUUCUAAUUUUGUGUGGAUUUUAAAAUACAUUACCUACCAGAGUGCCACUAAUGCCUAGCCAUUUAAGUCUUUAACUGCAGCUGUCGGUGAGACAGAUUUACCAGAAAGGUGAAGACUUUGCUGGCAUAAAAAAAAGUGAUUGUUUCCAUUGGCAGGGUCUCCUUCCUGUAGGGCAGUUAUUUCAGUGAACUGGAAUCUUGCCUAAUGUCUCGUCUCUGCACUAUUGCUUAACAACUACCGUACCAAAGUACUUUGUCCAGAUCUACUCUGGAGAUGUGACCAGUUUCUGAAACAACCACCAAAGGAUGCAGGCCUCUGUGCUUCACAGCAGUCGUGUUGCUCUUGGUAUCAGGCAGCAGUAGGAGUGUGGUAGCCAAGUAUCUGCAAAAAGGAGAUCUUGGCUCUUGGCAUUCUUCAGGUUUUGAUCUGUUAUUGCAACAUACUUGUCUUUUUGAGUCUGUUUCAUCCCGCAGAUCUAUUAAUAUCACUCCUUUUUUUACUACUCAAAAAUGGCUCCACACUUAGAGCUGAAUUUAGGUGGUGAUUUUUCAUUUCUGCAGUUACUGUGCUCAGCUUUGGGUCUUGCUCAGAGCAAACGGAAUGUGCCAUGCAGUGCAGAUGAAAGGUUUUGCAUUAUCUGCACAUUCUCUAGCCUUUACCUCUCCAGCCUGAGAGGUCUUUCAAAUGUGUAAAUAAAACUGAGGGAAAACAUAAAACACCUCUGAACAUUCAGCUGUUUACUACAGCAUAUUGCUUGUAAAUUAGUGGUACUAAUUAUGCAUCUAUUUCUGAGGUGCCUGUUGUCUUGAGUUGAAAAACAGUUUUAAUAAUUCAUGUUAAAUCACUCCCUCUGAUGUGAUGUAACAGUGAUUAAGGUCUCCUGCUAUUGAUGAAGAGGUAUGUUUGAGCCUCAUUGUGUUUUAUUUUCUUCUGCUGCUUUGGUGCAGAGGAUGUAGGAAGAGAGAACGGGGCACUGGGAGGCCAAGGUUGCUGGAUGUGGUACUAGUCACAUCAGCCUGUGUCCUGGAAGCUACAGGAGGGCAGAACUCCUGUAGUCUAAGAGCUGCCUUGGAUCCAGAUGAACCUUAGGUUUUUUUAUUUGGUCACUCAUGAAAAAUGUAUUUCAGACAUGAUGAACUACUACUCUUUGACUAGGUGAAAUGAAGAAGUGUUUCCCCCAAAAUUUGAAGUCACUUUUUGUGACUCUAAACCAAUAAUGUCAUUGACUGUUUCUGUACACUUUGAUUUGGCUUUUUCACUGUAGUUAAUUGAUAGAAAGCUGUUAGAAGCAGAAAUGCUAAUUAGAAAACUUUUCAUUUGAGUUCACAAAUCUCUAACAAUUCUCUUCCCUUGUAUUAUGAAGGUAUAUCCAUGAAGAUAUGAUUUGUAAACAUAUUAUAUUCCUUAGAUUCUUGACCAAAGAAUGAUAUGGAUAAAGUGCAGUAUAACUACUCUGAAAUCCAGUAUUUGUAAAUACAUCUGGGCUUCUCAUUGCAGUAAUUCUUGACAUACAGUAUAUAAUUUCUGCUGUUGUCUCUUUUCUCCCAAGGAAGUGUAUCCUGUUAGCUUGAGGGAGAUACCAGUUCCAUAAAAAGACCCUCUGAAAACUACAAGGGGAAUGAAAUGCAGAGAGGUAAUCAGGUUUGCAAUCAGUUCAUAGAAAAUUAUCUGCUUGUACACACUUCUGGCUGUGAGACAGUCAGUGACUCAGCACGUAGACAGGGGAUCCUGGUCAUAUACAAAAUAUGUAAUUUUAUUCUGGAAUAUAUGGCCACUGGGUUGUUUUAAGAUUAUCAUCUUGUGGGCUCCAUUAAGCUGCCACUAAAGUAAACAGAGUUCAUGGGAGUUAAAUAUCAAAGAAUAUAUAAAUACACAUAGCAAUAUAAGCCUGUGUUAUGCCUAAGCUUUGUGAAUUGAAUGCAGUGAAUGAAGGUUAUACAAACUGUACUUUUUUCCUUUUUAGUAAGGGACAGUUUUCAGAUGUACCAGAUUAAAAAAAAGAUUGUUUCACUUAAUUAAAAAUCUAACAAUAAGGAAACUGCCAGAAUAUUGCUGAACUUAAUAAUUUAUCAUCUCAUGAGUCAGCAUAAUCAACACAGUUGUUCCUGCAAAAUGAACUAAUGAACCCUUCUUUUCAGCACUUUGAUGUACUAAUAUUAUCUACAUGAAUAAGUACCAUGCUAAGAUUUCAACGUCACACAAACUGCACUUUUGAAAUAGUGACUAUAGCAAGGGUUUGUUUUAAUAGAGCAGUGCACCAAUUUAGGUUGAUGCCUGCAGAGGGCCUGAUUUUACUUUCACUGUAAAUCAGAGAUGGCUUAAAUGAAUGCAGUAGACUCAGAGCAGGUGUAAAACCAAUAUAAGUAGGAAUUUUUGAAGGCUUCUGGGUCAUAAUGCUUUACUUUCUUUUUCUGAUAUUUUACCAUCUGUCAAAAUUCUGCAGGAUAGUGGAAAAAAUGCUUCCUUGCCUUAAAGAUUUUUACCUUACACAAUCUAAAGGUCAUCUAGAAGUGUAGGAAGACUGCUGUAGAUUGUUGAUUUAAAGAGUCUAAGCAGUCUAACUGCUUAUAGGGGUAAAUUCAGCAUACAGCUUUCAUAUCUUGCAGACAUGCAGCUGGCCAAAAUCAGCUCCAUCCAGAGCAGGCUCUGUCUCUCAAAGCACUUUCCUUCUGGAAUUGAGGACUGCUGAUGCAGUGUCCAUCAGGGUUUGCUGGCUCCUGUGCAAUGUCAAGCACAUGUAGAUAGAUACAGCACUGAAUUGCUGGAGUUCUCCCUCUCACUGACAGAGAAAACUGAAGCUGAGGGUGCAGAAGUAUGAAGGUUGCUCCUGUGGGAACGACCCUGUGUCUGCCUUGGCCAGCAAUGAGACAAGAGUUAAUAUUUGCUUUAGUGUCUCUUGAGUUUUAGUCCCAGGGCUCUGAAUUAGGCUUGUUAGCAGGCAGUUGAGUGCUGGGGAGUGCAGUGCAGGAGACAUGGGUGCUCUUUUAGGCCUGCUGGCCCUGGAGUCCAGCUGAAGUGUGUGCCCACUGACUCAAUGCAGGACUACCUCAGUAUCCCUGCACAGGGAACUAGUGUCUUCCUCAUUACAGGCAGAAUCUAUUUUCCUUUUUUCCCCUCCAAUAUUUCAGCAUAUGGAGAACUUUCUAUAUGAAUAAAGCAAUGUUUAAUGUUGGUUAGAUCCCACUUUUAUCACAAUAUGAAGCAGUUCAGAAUUUGAUCUUUUUAUACAGAAAAACCCCAGUGUGCUCCAGAGCAUGUUAAAUUAACGACAUGUUAAUGCAAAGAUGUCUUUUAGGUCAUUGUUCAUAGACUCGAUAAAAGUGGUCAGUAUAGCCCUGGCAUAAGUGAGUACAUGGAACUCAUAGAACAGAAGACCACAUGAGGCAGCAGUACUGCCAGGAUCUCUGCUUUGCUUAUGUCCAAGUUUUAGAACGUGCCAGUGAGGGAGGUCACCACUGAGGGAGGAAGGAAACAGCCUGUGGCUAUGCCUUCCUGAAGAGAAUACUUUGCUUCCACUGUUUAAAAUCUGUACUACUGUACUACUGUAGGUAGUAAAAUGUGCUUUCCAGGGAUUUGCUUUCCUUCAUACUUAUCCUGACCUGUCUCCCUUGUACACCCACAAGGGUUCUUCUCUUCCUCUUGCCUCACAUCCAUCCCUUUGUCCUUUGGAGGACAAUGUUCAGUUUUGCUAGAAUUACUUAAAAUCCUGAAGUGGCCAUUGGUUGCUACAAAUCUGUGGUAGAAAUAUGCCCAGAGAACUAUAUUCCUGCCAGUCCAAAGAUUACUUUUUUUAAUGUGUGUGUCCAUGUCCAUGUUGGCUAGUUUUAAAUGCACAGUAUUAAAGUACCUACUGAAUUAUUUCCUGUGCAAUGAACCCGUGAUUACACAGCUCUUGAAGUAUGUAGUAGCCCUUCAUUCUCACAUCUAACAUCUAUUGCAUAAAAAAGGAGAAUUAUCCUCUUCACACUCAAAAAGGAAAAACAGUGUGUCUGUGUGGUUUUCUUGGAGCUUAUACUUACUUACACUUACUCUGACUUCUUAAAGAGCUGUUUACUGGCAGAUAAUUCAUGUGCAUGUCUGCCACUGGAAAACAAAGCAUGAAAUUUUGAACACUGAAAGUAAAGUCCCUUUAUUCCAAAACUUAGAGGAUAUGUUUGUGGGGGAUACAUUAGCUGUUGUUUAGAAAAUUAAGUAAAAUAAUUAUUUCUAUAUCAGAAAUUAAAAAUAAUUCACUAAGUAUUUUCAGUGUAUUUUAAAGUAAACAUGUCAUGAUUACAAUAUCUCAGUAGCAUGAGUGAAAUUCAGACCUGGUGAAAGGGAGAAAAUUCCAUUUAAGAGAACUCACACCAGACCUGAACUCAGUGUUUUACUUCUCAGCUUUUUGCAACCAGAAGUUCUUAAGAAUGUGACUUCCCAAUCUUCUAUAUCCCCAUUUACUGCAAUGGGUUGUAGAUAAAUACCACUGUAUAUGGAGAGCAGAGAGGAGGGGAGCUUAAUCCUGAGAAAUCAUUGACCUUCCAGAAAGUGACAGUGUAAUUGCUGUUUGCCCUGAACUGUUCUGUCCAUGAUGUGUUUGGGUCUCUUGAGACCAGUGGCCUUGGCAGGGGUUGGGUACACACAAGGUUGUUAAAUCCCUUUGUAGUCACUCAGGAUCAGGAAGGACUGGAGACAAAAGAAACCCUGACUUUUUAAAUAUGUAUAAAAUUGUCUAUUUGACCCUCAUAAUUGAUUUUGGCAUAAGAAUAUACUUUAUUAUAACUUAUUUUGUUCUUAUUUGUAAAUACAAGAUGUCUAUGGGAAAAUAUGUAAUUCUGAGCUGUGUCUAUGGAACAAGCGACUGCACCAAAAUAUUUCAAAUAUUUAGAAUAGGCAGAUUUUUUAUUAAAAGGGACCUAAUAUGUAUUUAUUUACAUAUAACAUUCAAAUUUUGUCCAGCUCUUUCAAUAUACUAACCCACCAUUUUAGGGAAUUUUUAUAGCACAAGUAUUACAUAUAUAUUUUUGUAUAUAUGUCAUACUGUAAAACCAUAAUACAACUUUUUAAACUUUCUGAUUAGCCAGUUCCUUGAGUGAAUUAAAGGGGGAAGAGUUUAAGCAAAUUGCUUUCUGACUCGUUCAGGAAUAUGUAUCCAUGGCAAUGCACCUGAACCAGAACUGUACAGCAUCCUUUUCAUAUUGUAUACAUUUUCUCUUUGAUGAAAAAGCGUCAACUAUUUUUGUUUAUGACUAAUUUAUUUUUUAUUAUUGUGAAAAAUAAAGUAAUUUGAGAUGAA